AUGAGAGGAGUUGGAGGAGAGAGAGUAGCGAGUGGAGUGGUGCUGCGUCGGGGAUUGGGUUUUUCUAGACUCCGUGCUCGUGCUGGUGCUGGCGCUGGUGCUGGUGCUGGUGCUGGUGUUGCAGGUAUCGGUGCAGCUGGUAUUUGUGUUGGUGGUGCCCCCCGUGGUGUUUGUGGUGUUGGUCCGUCGCCGCCUUCGACACGCUUCUUUGCCCGCCGCCGCUUUCCCUCCCCCGCCAUCUACAACUCCUCGACAUCCACGCCCUCCCCCGUCGCCACUCUCCCUGCCCGCUUCCACCACCACGGUCUGGCUCAUUCGGCUUUCAAGAUGGCUUCGACGCAGACUGUCGAGCAGCCAGAGUGGUCUGCUCUGCGCGUGCGGAAUGCCUUUCUGGACUUUUUCAAGGAAAAUGGCCAUACCUUUGUGCCCUCUUCUUCCGUUGUGCCUCUCUCAGACCCCACUCUACUGUUCACAAAUGCGGGAAUGAACCAGUACAAGUCCAUCUUCCUGGGUACUGUUGAUCCAAACUCAGACUUUGCGACCCUGAAACGUGCGCAUAACUCGCAGAAGUGUAUACGUGCCGGCGGAAAACACAAUGAUCUUGACGACGUUGGGAAGGAUAGUUAUCACCAUACCUUCUUCGAGAUGCUCGGUAACUGGAGUUUCGGAGACUACUUCAAGAAGGAAGCUAUCAGCUACUCAUGGGAUCUUCUCACCAAAGUCUACGGCCUAGAACCCGACCGCCUAUACGUGACCUACUUUGAAGGGAAUCCCGAUGCGGGCAUCGGUCCCGAUUUGGAGGCUAAGGAAUUAUGGUUGUCUGUUGGCGUUGCAGAGGAUCAUCUCCUCUCAGGCAAUAUGAAAGAUAACUUUUGGGAAAUGGGAGAGCAAGGCCCAUGCGGUCCCUGCAGCGAAAUCCAUUACGAUAGAAUCGGAGGCCGUAAUGCGGCUCACCUCGUGAACCAAGAUGACCCGAAUGUCCUAGAAAUCUGGAAUAACGUCUUCAUCCAAUACAACCGCGAGCCAGACAGAUCCCUACGGCCUCUCCCCAACAGGCACAUUGAUACCGGUAUGGGUUACGAACGCCUCGUUUCAAUCCUGCAGAACAAGUCAUCAAACUACGAUACGGAUGUUUUUACCCCGCUUUUCGAUAAGAUCAGGGAGAUUACAGGUUGCCGACCGUAUACUGGCAAAUUCGGCGAAGAGGAUACCGACGGAAUCGAUACUGCGUACCGCGUUGUUGCUGAUCAUAUCAGAACCCUCACAUUCGCUAUAUCUGAUGGAGCUUCUCCAAAUAACGAAGGGCGGGGCUAUGUGGUUCGACGAGUUCUCCGGCGCGGUGCUCGAUAUGCGCGCAAAUAUUUAAACGUUGAAAUCGGAAGCUUCUUCUCGAAAAUUGUCCCUACACUCGUUGAGCAGAUGGGCGAUAUGUUCCCUGAAAUCAGACGGAAACAGACAGAUGUGAUGGAGAUUUUAGACGAGGAGGAAAUCUCCUUCGCCAAGACACUCGACCGUGGAGAGCGUCUCUUUGAAGAAUAUGCCCUCCAGGCUAAGCAGAAAGGACUUGGUAACCUACAUGGAGCGGAUGUGUGGAGACUCUACGACACCUUUGGUUUCCCUGUGGACUUAACCCAGCUCAUGGCUGAGGAACGGGGCUUGACUAUUGAUAAUGCCGAAUUUGAAGAAGCCCGGCUAAAGGCAAAGGAGGCAAGCAAGGGCCAAGGGAAGCAAACUGCUGAUGUAGUGAAGCUGACCGUUCAUGAUCUUGGCCUCCUCGAGACCAUGGACAAUGUCCCCAAGACGAACGACGAUGCGAAGUUUGGUAGAGGAAACAUCACCUCUCAGAUCAAGGCGAUCUACCACAACAAGAAGUUUGUUGAUUCAACCAAGGAUAUCCCGGAGGGUGAACAAUUUGGUAUUAUCCUUGACCGCACCAACUUCUAUGCGGAGCAAGGUGGCCAGGAGAACGAUACCGGAAAGAUCAUUAUCGAUGGCAAGGCAGAGCUUGCCGUUGAAGAUGUCCAGGUAUACGGAGGAUACAUACUUCACACAGGCUUCAUGAAAUACGGCUCCUUCAAUGUCAAUGACUCCGUCAUUGCCGAGUACGACGAACUCCGAAGAUGGCCCAUCCGAAACAACCACACAGGAACCCACAUCCUCAACUUCGCCCUCCGCCAGGUCCUUGGUGAGGGUGUUGAGCAAAAGGGCUCCCUCGUCGCCGCGGAGAAGCUACGCUUCGACUUCUCUCACAAAUCCGCCGUCUCAGAUUCCGACCUCGAGAAGAUCGAACGGAUAUCCACCGACUAUAUCCGUCAAAACUGCGCCGUAUAUGCCAAGGAUGUCCCCCUCUCCACCGCCCGUGAGAUCUCCGGCGUCCGCGCCGUCUUCGGCGAAACCUACCCAGACCCCGUCCGUGUCGUCUCCGUUGGUGUCGAGCUCGAAGAGAUCCUCCAAAACGUCCAUGAUCCGCGCUGGAAGGACAUCAGUAUCGAAUUUUGCGGCGGUACCCACGUCCAGAAGACAGGGGACAUCAAGGAUCUCGUCAUCCUCGAAGAGAACGGUAUCGCCAAGGGCAUCCGACGCAUCAUCGCCGUGACAGGCGAAGAGGCGCAUGAGGUCCAACGCAUCGCGAAAGAAUUCGGUGAGCGCCUCCAACGCUUCGAUAAGAUGGAACUGGGCCCGCAGAAGGAGAUGGAGGCCAAGUUGCUCCAGGUGGACUUGAACCAGCUCACGAUAUCUGCCGUUGAGAAAGUCCGGUUCCGCGAGCGGUUUACGCAGAUCCACAAGAAGGUCGUCGAGGGGCAGAAGGCGGCGCAGAAACUGGAGUCGAAGAAGGCGCUUGAUGCGAUCACGGGCUAUUUCGAGACACCUGAGAAUAAAGAUGCACCGCAUCUGGUGUUGCAGCUGCCCAUCUCGGCGAAUCCCAAGGCAGUGAGCGAUUCGUUGAAUUUCGUCAAGACGAAGAUGCAGAAUAAGUCUGUUUACGUGUUUGCGGCGGAUAAGGGGGCUGGGAAGGUUGUGCAUGGGUGCCAUGUUGCGCAGUCUCUAAGUGCGCAGGGUGCAACACCUAAUGAGUGGGCCAAUACUGUCUCGAGCAUUGUGGGUGGGCGUGCAGGAGGUAAAGCGCCUGUCGCCAUCGGGAAUGGUACGGAGGCUGAGAAAUUGGAGGACGCCAUCAAGGCUGCUACGGAAUAUCUGGAGAAGUUUAAACUUUGA